AUGGAAUCGAAUAAUCAAGAAGGUCGAAUACUUUUAGCUAUCGAAGCUAUCAAUAAAGACCAAAAAUUAAGCAUUCGGAAGGCUGCUAAGCUAUAUAAUAUCCCGUGUACAAAGAUUCAGCGCAGAAUGGACAGUACUACCCCUCGUAUCGAAUCUCGAGCAAAUAGUCAUAAUUUGACCAAAUUAGAAGAGGAAAUGUUUAUCCAGUAUAUAAUCGAUAUGGAUAAGAAAGGAUUUGUACCUAAAUUAAAUAGUGUAGAAGAUAUAGCGAAUUAUAUCCUCGAAUCGCAGGGUGCGAAGAAGGUUGGAAAGCUCUAG